AUGUUCAAGCAGUUUUCACCUUCUAUUUUCAUCCUAAUACUAAUUGCAACUGUGCACAUGGUAAGCAACAUUGAUGCAGUUGAUCCUGCAGCAGCCACCAAAGAAGAACCAAUCCUUGAGCUAUACAUGCACGACAUUCUUGGGGGCAGUAACCCUACAGCUAGGCCAAUCACUGGCUUGCUAGGUAAUAUCUACAAUGGUCAGGUGCCAUUUGCGAAGCAGAUAGGGUUUAUACCUCCAAGCGGGGUUGCCAUCCCCAACGCAAAUGGUGCACUUCCAACCGUCAAUGGUGUCAAUGGUCUCCCACUAGGAACCGGCUUAGCUGGCACCACUUUUGCAGGAAGCACAAACAAUCAAAAUCUACCUCAGACCCAACUUGGACCUGAUGGGUUGGGGCUAGGCUUCGGAACAAUUACAGUCAUCGAUGACAUAUUAACCUCCAGUCCAGAUUUGGGGUCACAAACAUUGGGGAAAGCUCAAGGAGUUUACGUGGCAAGCUCUGCAGAUGGAACCAGCCAGAUGAUGGCAUUUACGGCUAUGAUUGAAGGAGGGGAAUAUAAUGACAACCUCAACUUCUAUGGAGUAUACAAAAUUGGGAGUACUGUAUCAUAUUUGUCAGUGACAGGAGGGACAGGCAAGUUUAAGAGUGCUUAUGGGGUUGCAGAAGUACGAUCACUCAUACCUUCAGGUCAACAUGUCACAGAUGGUGCCGAGACAUUGCUAAGGAUCACUGUCCAUCUGAAAUAUUGAGAAUGUUUCGUUAAACUAUAUGCCAGUUUGUUUGUGUGGAAAUGGAUAUGGAAUUGUUUAGUAUCUUUUAUUGUAUCCACUGAAAGUCGAGAUUGUUGAUAAUUCUAUAUAUCUCGUGUACUUGUCUUCUAAAGUGUUCUGCUUAUGGUGAUGGCAUAUGA